GACACAGUCAUAAUGACAAGUGCAGAUGUUGUUUAUGACAAAAUCCACUUCAGACAUGACCCUAAAUGGAGCGGCCGCCUGGGGGCUGUGGAGGGGGGCCGUGGGCUGCUCUGUGUGGCUUGUGUCAUUGAAAUGAUUGAGAGCGAGGAUGUUGCGUCGGCGAGGAAGUCUCAUGCCUUGUCUGGUGUCAGCGGGAUGCUGAAGAGUUCUCCGGGGGCUUUGAGAGAGCUGCUCCAACAGGACCAUCGCGUCUCUCUGCAUUUCACAGUUUCACUACUGGGGAUGCUUCAAACCACGGAGAACCCAGUCACUCUGGAAAAGGUUGAGCAAGUGCUCGUCCAGCUGCUGCUCGAGCUCCAGAGUGAGCUGUCAUUCCACUUUGUGUUUGAUGAGGUGAACAAACAGCUCCGCGACCAGCUCAGUUUGAAGCGGUUCCUGGCUACGUUCAGAUUCUUGGGGUCCCUCCUGAACGCCGCCCCUCACGUUGCCAAUCGUCUGGUCACCGAACACGUGCCCUUGCUCAACAACCUGUGCUCAGCGUUGCUGUGCGCCGAUGAAACGUUGAAGACCUCGGUGGUAAAUGUUUGGCUCCAGAUGCUGGGGGCACCUGGGGCUUCGGCCGCCCAGUCCCUGCCCUCCGCCGUCAGGGACAGACUGUGCGUCCUGCUGCUUCAGACCUUAGCCAGCGCCGACUCCCUGCAGCUCAUCAGGAUUUGUGUCGGCCUGUUAUUGCAGCUAGUGCAGCUGGGCGAGGCAGUGUCAGUUCUGAUGAACUGCCCCGGCAGUCAGAUCGUGUGCGAUGAGAACCAGGACGUCCUCGCCAACAACAGCCAGAUCCUCAGCCAAAACCAAGAGCAACAGCCCCCUGACAACUGCCCUCUGCCUCUCGUACUGAAAAAGUUGCUGCUGAGUGGUGAUGAAACGUUGCAGGUGACCAGCUCCAAGUGUAUUGCAUCUGUUCUGGUUCAUUCCCCUGCUCAGUACAGUGGUCCCUUCAUCAAGGCCAACGUACCAGGGUUUCUGUUUGACUGUCUGGCCUGCACUAGCAAUGAGAUGCUGCUGUGGUCUGUGUACAGCUGUUUGGUGUUACUCACCGAGGACCCACUCUUCUUCUCCCAGUGUCACUCCGUCUACGGUAUUGAUUCCCUGGUGCGCAGUCUGAAGGAGGCUCUGACUCUGACCCGGCUUGAAGUGCCAAAACAGGGUUUGCUGCUGCUCACUGAAAUACUGGAAAGACAACCACCAAGCGUGCAUCUGUUCCCCAGUGGCCCCGGCUUUGUGGCCGUUUCAGAGGCUUUGGUGGCUGGAGUCUCCUCCUCGUGCCUCCUGGUAGCCACGCAGGCGGCCAGCGCCGCCUCCGCCUUCUUCAGACUCAACCACCAGUCCAGACCAGUCCAGUACAGAGAGCUGGAAGGACUCAUAGAGGCCAUCACUAACAGAUUCUCCGAGCUGACACUGGCCUCGUCCUCGUCUCAUCGCCGCAGCUCUAGGAGGUCAAAUCCAUGCAGCCCGUCUUCUCGGUCCGAAGCGUUUCUUCUUCGGGCCCUGGUCUCUAUUCAAGCUGCCUGCAGGUUGGCGGAGGAGUGUGCGUCAGAUCCCGUCCUGAAGGAGAACACGUUCACAGCUCCGCACAAACAGAGCGACACUCAGGACUCGCUGGACGCUCUGUGUCGGUGUCUGCUGCGCUGCUGCGACUCCGUCUGGAUACCCACUGUUAUUCGGACGUGUGAAUGUUCGCCCAACGCUCAGAUGCUGCAGCCCUUCUACUCCAUCCUCUCCUCCCAGUUCUCCCUGCUUCCGUCGCUCAUGCCUGUCUUUGCUGACAAACUAGCGUCGUCUGGUUUCUACGGGCUGGCUGUGGAACACAAAGGCCUCCUCUGUGCUGACAACAGGAACCCCGGCCUGAAUGCGUGUUGCUGCGGUUUUCUACAGAAACUCAGCGUGUGUUUACUCUCCCAGUCAGAGCCUCCGCCCGCCCCCCACCAGAGAGAUGUAGCUGAGGUGGAGACUCUGCUGCUGCACAACCUUCCCUCCCUGUGCUGCCGUCUCUCGGACUGGCCGUCCCUGCUGUGUGAUCAUCAGGGUCCGAGGGCCACUCAGUGCUGCGUCCUGAUAAUACUCCACCUGGCUCUGCAGCGGGGGGACCGGCUCCUCCCGGACCAGGCGGUUUUCUCCAGCGUGAUGUGGCUGUUGCAGUCGGUGCAGGAGGAGCAGGGCGGCUGUGGUUUGCCCCGCUCUGUGCUCCGCUCUGCCCUCUACCUGCUGGCUGUGACGCAGGAGAACAGCCCCGGUCUAGACGGGGCCCGUUUGAACUGCAUCAUCAAGUCGCUCUCCUCCUGCCAAAGCUUCCCUUCCCUCUACUUCCACCAUCCUGCCCUCCUCCACUUCAUCUGUCGCUACCCGGAGCUAGCCGAGAGAUUCGGACCCCUGGUUUUGGAACUUUGGUUGAGCAACAAAGACGCAACAAAGCCGAGCGUGGUGGCAGACAUUCAAGAGAAGGGUGAAAUAAAAGGAACCCAUGCAGACGAGAGUCAGGAUCAGGAGCCGGACUCAGAAACGACGGCGCUGCUGACUCUGAUGGAGAAAUAUCCAGCUGUCACGCUGACCCUCCUGGACAUGAUGCACACCGGAGACUCUCCCCUGGCUGAGCGAGCUCUGGGCGUCCUGGAAGUGUUUCUGCGCGGUCGAAGAGACUGUAAGAAAGACUUGUGUGCAGGCCUGAGGCCGGCGUUGCUGCAGGCGUUACAGCGGCUCAACGUGGACGACACGGGCCACGGUGCACACGUGAACUCGCUCCCUCUGCUGCUGAAGCUGCUCGGUGUGAUGCAGGCCAGCGAGCCGCCUCCCCCGACCCUCCACAGCAACAUGGAGGGAGUGCACUUCAAGCUGCUUUACCACGUCAGUAACGUAGCAGGAAGGCUUCAGUCCACCAACACAGAGACGCUGCUUCCUGCCCUCAACUACCUGUACUGCUGCCUGACUGUGUCCCCCCCACACUGCACGGACAGAGCUGUCUCCAUGCUGCUCUCCAACAGUGGGCUGAUGGACCAGCUGCAGACCAUCCUCUCCUCCUCCUCCUCCUCUGCUCCAUCCCUCUCUCCACCAGCCAGUCCUCCUUCGGCCCUGCUGUGCUGCUGCCACCUACUCCUGUCCUCCCUCGUUACCUUGCAGCGUGUUCACUCUGCUCAGGUCCAUAAGAGCAUCGGCUGGAGUCUGGACACAGCCGUGCAGCGACUCCUGCUUCAGAAACGAAACACAGACAAACUCUUGCUGGUCAGCUACUUGAGGUUCCUGCAGGUUCUGCUAGAUGCCGACCUGGUAUCGGCUGUGGUGCGUCUGAGCACCGGUCCUGGUUUGGUGGGGUCCAGACCCCUGGAGGUGGAGGACGGAGCUUUGUUCCCUCUGGGCUCCAGAGGAGCCCGGUGCCUCUCAGCAGCUCUCAGUGGGCUGCUUCUGCAGAAGCACGAGUUCCUGUUGAGAGCGUCAGUGAACUGCCUGGGAGCUUUGCUGGGCUUCCUUCAGAGGAGGAGUCCCACUGCAGCCCGGCUGGUGUCGUCUCAGCCGUGGAGUCGGUUCCUGCUCGUCUGCCUGCUCGGCUCAGCGGAGAGCUGCCUCCUCCACCCCGCCAUCCUCAGACUCAUCGCACAUCUGGUGCAGGACUCUGGCGUCGCUGCGCUGCAGGAGUCUGACCUGCUCCGGGUGAUGGAGGCCGUGGAGCGGAGGGGGCUGAAGGAGCUCAGCCAGGAAGCAGCUCAGGCCCUGAGGCUCCUCCUGACGCAGAUCCAGACCAGCGUCCUCCUGCCCACGGAGGAGCACAGGCACAGAGCCAGGACUCUGGUGGAGGCGCUCGGCCCACAGACGAGCGACCAGAGCUGCAGCCCUGACCUGUCAAACCACAUCCUACGAGCUGGAGACGUGUCCGUCUGUCUGUCUGACUUCUCACUGUUACAGGACUGAUGCUUCACAUUCGUUGUUUUGUAAAUGAUUAAUUUAACAGUUGUUUUCUGAUCGUUCUGUUCUGAUCUGAAAGAAGUUUUUCCUCCUUUAGUUUCUACUGAGAAAUAAUUUUACUGCACGUGUUUGUUAGAAUGUGUUUCCUCUGUAAAAAAAAUAUAUUUGUGCCUUUGUUUUGGGCCAGAAUUCAUUAUAAAUGUAAAGCAGCCACAGUAACACAGAUUCAUCUCAGCCACUGAGCAACUAUUUCCACUUUUAUUUAUCCUUUCAUAUCCUUCCAUAUGUACUUAUUAUUUUUAUUAUUUCUCUUUGUAUUUAGCGUUUUUUAUUAAUUCGUCUUUACAUUUCCACCUUUAUUUUUUAUUUAUCUUUAUAUUUCUUCAUUUAUCUAUUUCAUUAUUUUAU